AUGGCAACGCCGGAGCCGACAUCAGAUUUAGGAGAGAAUGGCGCCGAAAGCAAAACCGGAAGCUCUCCGUCAUCGAAUGAUCAGGGAUUCCCGACUGAGACAGUCAUGAAAUAUCUGACUCUUGGAUACGGUUCUGCGUGGAGCUUCUCCAAAUCACCAUCUCCUGGAGAGCCAGCCGAAUCGACGGGGAACACUACACAGCAAGCGGGCGAUGCGAUGAAUACGGCUCGAUCACCUCCACCCAAUGAGCUUCGAAAUGACUCAAGAAACCGAACUUCAGGCCGUUUCAUCUUGGGUCCUCGCGACGACUUGGAUACUCUUGAUGAUCUAGAAGAAGAGAGCCCAGCACCCGGUUCGGAUAAUGGCAAGCCAAAGAGCCGGAUAGUGCACAGGUUCCUCCAUACUCACUCUUCAGAUGGAACACCCAAGAAACUCCAAGCAAUCAUUUACGUGAACCAACCAUUCGUCUUCACAUUCCUCUUCGACCCAGCAACCUCUUCCCUAUCCUCCCCGUCCCUCUACUCAAGCAUCCACCACCAACUGGGCCCUCUCCAAAAACCCCUCCUAGUAUCGACCUCGCCCACAACAGCCUCAAUCCGCAUCUCGCAGUCCGACACCUCAGACCCCAACAAACGCUUCUCAACCCGCACUCACCCAGUCCACGACUUUGUCUACGACCCCUCAACCCUAACAAUCCGCUCCUCAAUACCCAACAUCCCAACCCUGCCCUCCAUCAGCCUCAAACCAACCCGCACCCCAUCACCAUCUCCCUCCCCUUCCACCUCAACUCCGAAACCCGCACCUUCCUGGUCCCGCAUCGAAAGCCUCGCAAUCCACCACCGCCUCCUAACAACAUACAUCGACACCCGCUCCAGACCCCUAGAGUUAGAAAGAACCUGCAAGACAAAUCGCGGGUGGUGGAUCGUCUGGAUGCGGAUCCCUUCGACUCCCACGCUUUCAAAAGCAUCAUUAAGUGCAACGCUCUCCGAAGCCGAAAGUGGAGCCUCAGUUUCAACUUCACCUGUCCCGCCACAAGAAGCCUUCCUUGUCCGGAAAGCGAGUGACUAUAUCGCUGCUGGUCAUGGACGGGUCAGUAGUGGAGCGCGCUUCUUUCGGGAUCUGGGCGGUGCGUCGUCGAAGUCGGGGUCAAGGGCUUCGGAGACGCCUUUGAAGUUGGUUGAGGGGAUUGGUAUGGAUGCGAGGAGGUAUAUUGAGGGGUUGCUGAAGUUGAAUGGGUAA